AUGGCUUCGCGAUAUGUCCCGGUCACCCUGACCUAUCGAAAAGCCGGAACUCUGCCUCCUAUCUUCGUCGCUGGCACUUUCUCAGAUCCAGCUUGGCAGCCCCAAGAGAUGUCUUAUCGAAUGGACCAGGAUGGAGAGCAUGUUUUCGAAAAAGUUGUCACGGCUGAAGAGGGCACGGAUAUCCAAUAUAAGUUUCGCAUAGGUCCCGGAGAUUGGUGGGCCUUGAACGAAGAGGCAGAAACAGUUUCGGAUGGUCGGGGAAAUCUGAACAACCUGACCAAGGUCGCUCAUGUGUUCACGGACACCGUCCUCGACUCGCUUGAAGACAUCGCUGAAGACGAAUCGCCCGAGUGUCCUAUGUUCGCCCACGAAUGCGCCGGCACGCCUCACUGCAGUGGGAUGAAUGGAGAUGCCCAUAAGCAUAAACGCGCGGUAGGCAAAGAAGACGAAGCAGACCACAAAAGUGAUGGAGAGCAUGAGGUUGAUUACGAUGAUCCGAGACUGGAACGUUUCCCGUCCGAGAGUCGACUGUCCAUACUUGCGGCUAUGAGGCGCAUUGAGACGAGCACGGAAGAGGACCGAACAAUCGUCGGUGGGGUACCACUUUCGCCAGUAGUGUCACCGCUGUCUCCGGGUUCAUCAACAGCCGUCCAGGAUCACCAACCUCCACAACAAGAGGCAUCGAGAGCCUCCAGCGGCUCUGUGCACUCGGAACGCGCGGUUUCACCUUCGUCGCUUUCGUCCAUCAGAGAAGACGAAGAAGAAAAGCACGAGGACCGAUCGGUCGGGAACAUCGUCGACAACAAGCUCGACGUCAAUCGCAGUGACGAUGCCGGACCGUUCUCGCCUUCUGUAAUCCAGAAAACCGGACCCGUGAACCCGAAAAUGACGCUCGAAGUCCCGUCAAGCGACGAAGAUGAAGUGAGCACUGCCAACAACACGGACGACAAAAUUAAUAUUGUUCGGAAGCGCAAUAUAAUAGCCGGUACGAGACCCAGCCAGCCUGACCGCCCUGUCUCGUCAGCUUCGGUCCACUCCAUCCAGAAGGCCAGCAAGAAAGGCCACUGGCUGCCGGCGAUGCUGCAUCGAGUGUUUGUGGAGUGGAUAGGGGGGUUCCUCUCGAGGUUUCUCGGGAACAGACGACAGGCGUAA